CAAAGAACAGUCAGUACCAGUUCAGACCAGUUUAUCUUGUGCUAUUUUUAUUGACGACUCACCUGUCACAUCUACAUGCAAUCUACACCUGUACCGAUAACUGGAAUUCGUUUUCAGCGAGACAAUGAUCUGAUUGCAACUGUUACGGAUCAACUAAUUUACCCCUUAAACACGUACCAAGAUUGAACACCAAGGCCGGUUGACGACUGAGAACGGCGAAACAGAAGACACGAAUCAGCAUCAGUUAUGUUGGAAUUUGUACUGGGCAACCUUGGUGGAGCCACAUUUGCACGGACAGUUCGUGAUGAUGACAUUGUGGACCAGCUUCAUCAUCACGUGAUGACGACGUCGUUGUUGGUGCUGGGGAUGACUGUCGCGGGACAACAGUUCAUGGGGAAUCCUAUCAACUGUUGGAUCCCUGCCCAGUAUGACGUGGACGACAGUGGCUACCAGGACUACGUCGACAGCUACUGCUGGAUCUCCCAGAUGUACAACGUCCCCUUCACCGAGGACCUCCCCUUACACAUAGAAGACAGACUGGCCGACGACAAGGACAUCAGCUUCUACCGCUGGGUCGUCAUCAUGAUGUUCUUCCAGGCAUUUCUCUUCUGGCUUCCACGGUUGCUGUGGAAGACCUGCAGUUCCUUCUGCGGACUCAACAUCGAGAAGGUCAUCAACAUGGCCCUCCAAGCCCAACUCCUCAACGACGAGACACGUAAAGAGAAGAUGUCGAAUAUAUCUGCAGUUGUUGACCGAUGGCUAGGAACAUUCAGAAAGGCUGAGACAAAACCAUUAUGGAAGUUCCUACAAACACUGAAGCAGAUGGUCCUCAUUGACAAACGUUCUGGCAAUUACUUGACUCGGCAGAACCUAUUUACUAAGCUCCUGUACCUGGUGAAUGUAGUGUGUCAGUUUGAGCUUCUCAGUUCCUUCUUAGGAACAAACUACUGGAGGUACGGCACGGACGUUCUGGCCAUGUUAGCGGCAGAUUCCUUCUGGAACGAUGAGUCUAACUUCCCGAGAGUUGGGAUGUGUGAUUUUGAGAUUCGCCAGCUUCAAAACAUUCAGAGACAUACUGUCCAAUGCGCCCUUCCUAUUAAUCUGUUCUUGGAGAAAAUCUACGUCUUGCAGUGGUUCGUCAUUGCAGGUUUAUCUCUUUUGACUGCAGUGAGUCUUGUGUCAGCAGUAGUGUUCACAUACAGACGGGAUCAGGUCAUGGACCAGUAUGCGGUUUUACUGGAUAAAACAUUGAAAGAGAAAGUGGACCGUGGACUUUUUAAAACAUUUGUUGAGAAAUACCUCCGUGAUGAUGGCGCCUUCUUGGUGAGAACUGUUGGUAAUAACACGAGUGAGAUAUUAGCGUUUGACCUAUUGACUCAACUGUGGUCAAAGUUCAAGGACACGGUCCCUGAAAUCAAAAGGUCAACGUCUGAAGGUCAUCUAUCUCUAUCAAAACCAGAAGAAACUAAAUAAAUGGAACAAUUUAACCACGAAUAUGACCAAAUGUAACGAAUUAAAGAUACAUUCACAUUCUUUAAAAAAAAUUAUAUCAA